AUUUCUUUAUUUGUCACAAACAGGACCAAAGUAGGAAGUCAAUGAAAAUGACAAAAAAAUCUAUGAGAACAGAGACUUUAGUAGAGAUUUUUAGGUUUUAAUCCUUCAUUAUCUGGUUGAUCCUGUUAGUAAACGUGCAAUGACAGAGGUGUAGGUUUCAAUCCUUCAUUUUCUAUAUAACCUGCUUUCCAGUUCAAAGUCUAAAACCAUCCCUCUCCCUCAAAAAACACAUACAAAAUGGGCAUUUGUGCAUCUUCUCAAUUCAGGGCAAGGGAUGGCAGCCUGAACUGGCUAACAUCCACGGCCAAGAUAAUACAUUCAGAUGGAAGCCUUCUAGAAUUCCCUCAUACCAUCAAAGCCAGUUCCAUCCUCUCUCUCAAUCCCAACUGCUUCCUCUGUAACUCAGAGCAAAUGCAUGUAGACUCUCUCCUACCUCAUGUGGCCGGAGAUGAUGAACUUCAGCAGGGUCAGAUUUAUUUCCUCAUGCCUUUAUCAAAAUCUCAGGUACCAAUCUCCUUCCAGGACAUGUGUUCCUUGGCUGUCAAAGCAAGUACAGCAUUAACUCGUUUGGAGAUGGAGACAUCUUCUUCCCAUUCCUUUGCAAAUCCCGGAAACACUGAUUUCCCGAAUCCUACGUUUCUUCUCCCUGCCUUCUUGCCCAUCUUCUUCCAAAGCAGACCAGAAAAUCCCCACCGUCAGUCACUAGUCUUCUUUCUCCGUAACUGCUUCAAAGCAGAAAAGUACAACUCAACGCCAAAAUCCCAUUUCUCCUCCUCCUUCUAUCUGGGUCACGAGACGACCGUCGACAACUGUUGAGGACCGCCCAGACCACUGCGAUAAUCCUUUCGACACCAAUUGAUAAUUACUGAUGUUCUGUUAUUCUUGAUUCCGAAAAUGGGUUUUAACCCAUUUCUUUAUAUUCAAUUUUGACUUCAUGUGAUUUUUUGCUUCCGUCUGUGUCAAGUAGCGUAAUAGUUGUUUUCCUGCCCCAAUAUAGACCAGAUUCUAAUAUUGUUUUAGCUUUUGGAAGUUGGGUUUGAGUCCAUUUCAAUCUUUAUACCCCAUUGAUAUAAAUAUUUGGUUCUGAUUUGUUGAGAGCAUAUUUGGAAAUUUUGUUUUUUCUGUGUUCUUCAUUUCCUAGAAAGGGAGAAAAAUAUGGAAUAUGAUUUGGAACCUUUUAGUUGCUAAUGCUGAGGGAUUAUAGAAGACAAAAAGAACCAAAAUUUUUGUUUAUUUGGUUCUAAUUCGCUGAGAACAUGGUUGUGGCUUUCAUUUUUGGUAUGUUCUUCAUUUCCUAGAAAGUGGAGAAGAAAAAGGAAUGUAAUGUGGAACCAGAAAGAACCAGAAUUUUUAUAUACUGAAAUUGAUAUCCAAGUUCGACUGAGGUAGCAUUAAAAACUUAUCUGCAGCACUAUAUAGUUGUUUGUGUUCAAGUAGCAUUUUUCCUGUUUGUUGUCAUGUAUUAGAGUUGGAAUGUCUCAUGUGAACUCCUUUUUGGAAUUAAAUUCAACUUGGCAAAUCUAGAGUCAAUCUUAUGCUUCUCACUUCUUUUUCUACAUUUAUGAUGAUAAUGUUAUAGAUCUUAUUGAAAAUUGUUUAGAGGGAUAAUAGAGAUGAAGUCACCCUCUUCACAGGAUUGUAAAUAACAACAUUAUGUUUAGGAGGAAUCUAUAUUCCAGAUGGCAAACCUAUCAGCUUUGAACUUUCUUCGUGUCAUUGUCCUUGGUUCUUGUUUUAUUGAGAGAUUAAAACCAAGUCUAGUUG